ACGGGCUGAGCCCAGGCUUCCCGGCUGCCGCGCUGCCUGCGUCUGGCCCUGCGCCGCCCCCCCAGGCGGGCCCCCGGACAGCAGCCCGCUCCGCGCUCGGCAGGGCAUCGCGGGGCCUUUCCCCCGAGAGCCGGGGGAGCGCCCCGUCCGCGGCCACCCUGCCUCCUGUUGCAGCACCCACCGAAGCCGCUCCUCCCGGCACGGCUCCCGGCCCUCCGUGCAGGGAGCGAGGGAGGGCAGCCUGGCCGUUAACCCCUGGAGGGAAGGCGGAGGAGGGGGAGGCUGCGAGCCCUGCAUCACGCUCCCGCUCUGCCCAGCACACGAUGCGUCAGCAGCACACCCGCGUUCCCACUGAAGGACAAAAGGAUGAGAGCGCAGCCUGCCCGGCUGCCGCCUGCAUCAGCACCGCCGCGGGGAGCCCGGGCGCCGGGGGAGAGGGCUGCCGCCGGCACGGGUAGGAAGGGAAGAUGUUACCGGGGUCCGGUGCCUCUCACGCCGCCACCGCUGCCCCGCCUCCGCCUCCUCCCGCCGCAGUCGACGGGCAACAAAGACGUUAACGGCACCGGAAGGCUGGCGCCCGACCUCACCGCCUCAGAGCCGCGGGGGAGCCGGCCGGGGCCCCGGGAGGGGAGCCCGCCGCCCUGCCCAUCCUGCGCCGGGGCCCGGGGCUAACGCGGGGCUCGGCGCUGGUGCACUCCCCCCAGCGAGACAGCGGCACUCCAGAGCGGCCCCCCCGCCGCACGGCCGCGCGCCCCCCUCCCCGGGGAAGCCGCCGGGUCGCCGCCAAGCGCGAGGAGGCUGCAGCCGGGCCAGGCACCGCAGCCCCGCAAACGGAAGAAGGGGGGGCGUGCAGAGUGACCCCUCGCCCCAGCUGCCAAGAGCGACCGACCGCGAUGGGCUGCCGCUAGCCUCCGGCGAUCCCCAGCAGAGCCCCCCGCGGGGAGGGGGGCGAGCACAGACCGAGCGGGGCCAGAGGAAGAGGCUGGCAAAGGGGCAGCGAGCAGAGAGCACGAUUCUCUUUGGUUCCUUGUCUGGCUGUUCCCGGCGGGGGCGGGGGCCGGGGGGCUGGGUGCACGCUCCGGCCAUGGAGCACCAGCCCCAGCAGCUGCUGGCAGCAGCCGGCGCUCGGAGCCAAGGACAAAUGUGCAAAGCGCUGGCAGAGUUGCUCCCCGGGGCAGGAGGGAACCAUGCACCUGCCUAGCCGAGCCGGCCUCACCUCCCGCCGGGCUCCUGCCACGCUGCUUUCCCAGCUCCUGCUCUGGAUUUACUAGGAGCCAUUUUGUCUUUCACCCCCCCUUCCCCCUCCCCCUCCCCCUUCUUCCCCUUUGUUAAUUCAAAACUGAACCGGAGAGGGGACGGGGAGGAUGGAGCGGCGUCCUGCGGUGAGAGCUUAAAGAGCAGCGCACAGACCCCUUCCUCCCCAGGCAGGUGCCAAUUACAGAGCAGGGGCUCGGCUGGGGGGGCUCGUGCUUUGCCUUGUUUCUUAUUUAUUUUUCUUCACCCCAUUUUCCCCUGAUCCCCCCACCCCAGCUCCCUCCCUCCCCCCCCCGCCCCUUUGUUAGCUGGCGAGAGGAAUGAACAGCUGGUUUAAGCUGGGGGAAUAGGGCCCCUUCUCCUUUCUGUGCCAAAUCCCGGACGAUGGUGAAUUAUGUACGUGCCACAUCAUGAAGCUCUUGUGGCAGGUAACUGUGCACCACACCUGGAAUGCUGUCCUGCUCUCGGUCGUCUACCUCACGGCGCAGGUGUGGAUUCUGUCUGCAGCAGCUGUCUGGGCCGGAGCCCCGAACUGCCCCUCCGUCUGUUCCUGCAGUAACCAGUUCAGCAAGGUGGUGUGCACGCGCCGCGGCCUGGCGGAGGUCCCUCAGGGCAUCCCUUCCAACACCCGCUAUCUCAACCUCAUGGAGAACAACAUCCAGCUGAUCCAAGCAGACACCUUCCGGCACCUGCACCACCUGGAGGUCUUGCAGCUGGGCAGGAACUCCAUCCGCCAGAUCGAGGUGGGUGCUUUCAAUGGGCUGGCCAGUCUCAACACGCUGGAAUUGUUUGACAACUGGCUGACCGUCAUCCCGAGCGGGGCCUUUGAGUACUUGUCCAAGCUGCGGGAGCUGUGGCUCAGGAACAACCCCAUCGAGAGCAUCCCCUCGUACGCCUUCAACCGGGUCCCGUCCCUCAUGCGCUUGGACCUGGGCGAGCUCAAGAAGCUGGAGUACAUUUCUGAGGGGGCUUUUGAGGGAUUAUACAACCUGAAGUACCUUAAUCUUGGGAUGUGUAACAUUAAAGACAUGCCAAACCUCACGCCCCUCGUGGGGCUGGAGGAACUGGAGAUGUCGGGGAAUAACUUCCCUGACAUCAAGCCAGGAUCUUUCCAUGGGUUAAAGUCUCUCAAGAAGUUGUGGAUUAUGAACUCCCAGAUCAGCCUGAUUGAGCGGAACGCAUUCGACGACCUCACCUCGCUGGUGGAGCUCAACCUGGCCCACAAUAACCUGACCUCGUUGCCGCAUGACCUUUUUGCCCCCCUGAGAUACCUGGUGGAGCUUCACUUGCACCACAACCCCUGGAGCUGCGAUUGCGACAUCCUGUGGCUCUCCUGGUGGCUGCGGGAGUACAUCCCCACCAACUCCACCUGUUGCGGGCGCUGCCAUGCCCCGAUGCACAUGAGGGGCAAGUUCCUGGUGGAGGUGGACCAGACCUCCUUCCAGUGCUCCGCACCCUUUAUCAUGGACGCCCCCAUGGAUCUAAACAUCUCGGAAGGACGAGUGGCGGAGCUCAAGUGCCGGACUCCCUCCAUGUCCUCUGUGAGGUGGUUGCUGCCUAACGGGACCAUUCUGAGCCACGCGUCUAACCACCCAAGGAUAUCCGUCCUCAAUGACGGGACCUUGAACUUCUCCCACGUUUUGCUAACGGACACUGGGGUUUACACGUGCAUGGUCACCAACGUGGCAGGGAACUCCAACGCCUCGGCCUACCUCAACGUGAGCACGGCCGAGCUCAACACUUCCAACUACAGCUUCUUCACCACCGUCACGGUGGAAACCACAGAGAUCUCCCCCGAAGACAUCUCCCCGAAAUUCACUAAGCCAGUGCCAACGACUUCGACAGGGUACCAGCCGGCGUACACCACCACCACCACCGUGCUGAUCCAGACCACCAAAAUGCCCAAGCCGGUGGCGGUGCCCACAGCCGACACCAGCGACAAGACGCAGACCAGCCUGGACGAGGUGAUGAAGACCACGAAGAUCAUCAUCGGCUGCUUUGUGACAGUGACGCUGCUGGCGGCGGCCAUGCUGAUUGUCUUCUACAAACUUCGCAAGCGGCACCAACAGCGUAGCACGGCGACGGCCGCCCGGACCGUGGAGAUCAUCCAGGUGGAUGAGGACGUGCCGGCGGCCCCGGCGGCCCCGGCCAGUGUAUCAGGUGAGGGGGCGGUUGUGCUGCCUACAAUUCAUGACCAUAUUAGCUACAACACCUACAAACCGGCACACGGGGCCCACUGGACAGAAAACAGCCUGGGGAAUUCGUUACACCCCACGGUAACCACCCUCUCUGAACCGUAUAUAAUUCAGACCCACACCAAGGACAAAGUACAGGAAACUCAAAUAUGACUUUUUUUCAGAAAUUAUAAAUGCAAUAGAAUGCACAAAACAAAACAAAAAAAAAGACAGCAACUUUUGUACAGAGUGGGGGAGAGACUUUUUUUCUUGUAUAUGCUUAUAUAUUCAAUCUAUGGGCUGAUAAGAGAAGCAGAUUAUAUUAAAAUUAAAAAACCUAUUUUCUAACUUGUAAGUUCUAUUUAAAAAUAAAAAAAGAGGGGGGUGGGGGGGACAAAAUCAAAAUCAAAAUCCAAAAUGAAAAAGAUGCCAGAAUGACUUUCUGGAGUGAGGCUGAGAACACAACUAGCCAAGGGACAGGCGGGAAGCGGGGGAAGGAAGUAUCAGUUUUUAGAAGCUGCUCCACAGAACGCGGUAACACAAACCCAUUUCUCUAAAGAUCUUUUCUUAAAGCCCAACAUCGAUAUUUACAGAUUUAUCUUAUUUAAAAAAAUAAGGAAAAAAACGCACCAAGAAUUUGUACUGUGCCAAAAUGUUACAAAUGCAAUAAUGGGUUUUUUGUGUGGAUGGGUGGGGGAGAGAUGGACAGACCAUGGGGCUAAAUAUAUAUAUGUAUUAAAGAAAAAAAUGCCAA